CACACACACACACACACACACACACACACACUCCCUCCUGCUAGAGCAGAGUGAUGCAGGAGUGGCAGCAGCAGCUGCUCCGACACAUCCCAACACACCAAGAAGACAGGAGGACAGGAGGAGGAGAGAGGACGUGGGGACAGAGGAGGAGGAGAGGAGGAAGAGCAGGAAGAGGAGGGUACAAGUCUCUUAAAAAGGACACCGGUGGGGACAGGAGUGCAGGAGGAGGAAGAGGAGAAAGGAGGCGGGAGCUGCAGCCAUGUCAGAUGCACCUUUGCAGAGGAACGGCGCGGUGAAAGCCCCGAUGUCGAGUGAGGAGGCUCAGCUCCACAAAGAGAGGCUGCAGGCCCUGGCGGAGAAGAGAAAACGACAAGCUGAAAUUGAGGACAAAAGAAGUCAGCUUGACAAUCUGGUGCUACAGCUUCAACAUGUUAAGUCCAAAGCCAUGCGUGAGCGAUGGCUCCUCCAGGGAAUGGCGGCCGAGGAAGAGGAGGCCCGGCGGAAACAGCUGGAGAAGGAUGAGGAYCAGGGCAAAAUGCUUGAAGAUAUGAUACACAGGUUGGAGUCUGAAAUUGGAGCCCUUGAAAGUGAAGAGUCACAAAUUUCAGCCAAAGAGCAGGUGCUUCGUGAGCGUCUGAAAGAGACGGAACGCUCCAUCGAAGACCUGCAAAAGAGCCUGAUGACCCAGGAUGAAG